CUGUCAGAGUCUUCAUCCUCAUCAUCUUAUUCCUGGCAGUGUUUGCAGAGAUGGGACCUCGUACAGCAGUGGCUCCUUCCAAACAGGUGAAGGCGGAGCUCGUCAGAGGCCGAGCUCGACUGAGGAGCAGCAGCGAUGGGAGCAGGUACGGCAGGAGAGACUCGAGCACCUCCUCCUCCUCCUCUUCUUCCUCCUCUUCAACACUCUCCAACCCCAAAUCAGUCCUGAAAAGACCAGUGAGCACAGAUGAACUGCAGACUCCAGGAGGUCCGUACACCAGGAGGAGCUUCACCAUCGUGGGCGACGCUGUGGGUUGGGGUUUCGUGGUCAGGGGAAACAAACCGUGUCACAUCCAGGCCGUGGAGCCAUCUGGCCCGGCGGCCGCUGCAGGCCUGAAGGUCCGUCAGUUCGUGGUGUCGGUGAACGGUCACAACGUUCUGGAUCUGGACUACCACAGCGUCAGUCACCUGAUCCUGACUGGACCCAGGACGGUGGUGGUGGAGGUGAUGGAGGAGACCCACCACUGAGGGGCGACACAGAGCAGAGGGACCACAGUUAUUCUUUGAGAUGAUAAAGUCUGUGGGACUGUGGUCAGGCCAUGGUUCAGACCUGGUCUCAGACUCCACUGAGCUGAGGAUAAACACAGAUACAGAUACAGAAGAAGUAUUUUUGGUUAAUAUUACUACAGUGUACUGUAGUACAACGCAGCAGUACACGUCGCUCUAAUAUAACCGGCUGAAGAAACAAUGAAAAUUACCCCAUGAGCAGAAUUC